GUUAUUCAACUUCUGAAAGCUGGGAAAGCAAAGGAAGUUUCUUACAAUGCACUGGCUUCACAUAUUAUUUCAGAAGAUGGGGACAAUCCAGAAGUCGGAGAAUCUCGUGAAGUUUUUGAUCUCCCUGUGGUAAAGCCUUCCUGGGUGAUCUUGUCUGUUCGCUGUGGAGCUCUUCUGCCUGUAAAUGGCUUUUCUCCAGAAUCGUGUCAGAUCUUUUUUGGAGUCACUGCCUGUCUCUCUCAGGUUUCAUCUGAAGACCGAAGUACGCUGUGGGCUUUGAUUACUUUUUAUGGAGGGAAUUGCCAGCUGAGCCUCAAUAAUAAAUGUACUCAUUUGAUUGUGCCUGAGCCAAAGGGGGAAAAAUAUGAAUGUGCUUGUAAACGGGACAGCAUUAAAAUUGUGACACCAGACUGGGUACUGGAUUCUAUAGCUGAUAAGGCUAAAAAAGAAGAGACUCCUUAUCAUCCUCGUUUAAUUAUAUACGAGGAGGAAGAAGAGGAGGAGGAGGAAGAGGAGGAGGAAGCAGAAAAUGAAGAACAAGAUUCUCAAAAUGAAGCUAGUACUGAUGAAAAAUUAUCAAGCCCAGCAUCUUCUCGAGAAGGAUCACCUUUGGGUGAUCAAGUUUUUUCACCAAAAUCUACUACUGCUGAUAAGGCAAAAGGGGAACUGAUGUUUGAUGAUUCUUCAGAUUCCUCUCCAGAAAAGCAAGAAAGGAAUUUGAACUGGACACCAGCUGAAGUCCCACAGGCAUCUGCAGCAAAGCGUAGGUUGCCUCAAGGGAAAGACUCUGGGUUAAUUAAUUUAUGUGCCAAUGUCCCACCAGUGCCAGGUAACAUUUUGCCUCCGGAUAUGAGAGGCAAUCUAAUGGCUUCAGUACAAGGUGCCCAAAGUUCUGAUCGACAGGAGAUGAUGGCCACGUGGAGUCCAGCCGUGCGGACAUUAAGGAAUAUUACUAAUAGUGCUGAUAUUCAGCAGAUUAAUAGACCAUCAAAUGUAGCACAUAUAUUACAAUCACUUUCAGCACCUACAAAAAGUUUAGAACAACAAGUAAAUCAUAGCCAACAGGGACAUCCAAAUGCGGUGCUGUUUAGUCAAGUGAAACUAACACCAGAGACACAUUUAUUACAGCAGUCACAUCAAGCACAGCAACAACAGCACCAUCCUCUUUUACACCUUCAACCUCAACAACUUAUGCAGCUACAACAGCAGCAGCAGCAACAACCCCAGAUUUCCCAGCAGUCUUUCCAACAGCAGCAGCCUCAUCAGUUUUCACAACAGCAACAGCAAGUUCAUCAGCAGCACCAGUUUGCGCAACAGCAGCUUCAGUUUCCACAGCAGCAGUUACAUGCGCAACAGCAGCUACACCGUCCUCAGCAACAGCUCCAGUUCCAACAGCAGCAUGCUUUGCAACAGCAACUUCAUCAGUUGCAGCAGCAGCAGCUCCAGCAGCAACAAUUGCAGCAGCUCCAGCAACAGAAUCUGCAACAACAACAGCUGCAACAGCAGCAGCAGCAAAUACAGCAGCAGCAAUUGCAGCAGCAGCACUUACAGCGAUUACACCAACAGCAUCAGCAACAGCAAAUGCAGAAUCAGGCGACGCAGCACUUAACUCAGACAUCUCAAGCACUACAGCAUCAAGUUGCAGCCCAGCAGCCACAACAUCACCAGCAGCAACAGCAACAACUGCAACAGCAGCCGCUUUUUGGACACGAUCCAGCAGCGGAGAUUCCAGAAGAGUAUUUCCUACUGGGCUGUGUCUUUGCAAUUGCUGAUUACCCAGAACAGAUGUCUGACAAACAGCUGUUAGCGACCUGGAAACGGAUCAUUCAAGCACAUGGUGGGACAGUGGACCCUACCCUUACAAGCAGAUGUACACAUCUUCUUUGUGAAAGCCAAGUCAGUAACAUGUAUGCUCAGGCUUUAAGAGAAAGGAAGAGAUGUAUUACAGCACAUUGGCUGAACUCAAUCUUGAAGAAGAAGAAAAUGGUACCACCUCAUCGAGCCCUUCAUUUUCCAGUGGCAUUUCCACCAGGAGGAAAGCCAUGCUCUCAACAUAUAAUCUCUGUGACGGGAUUUGUUGAUAGUGACAGAGAUGACCUCAAACUAAUGGCUUACCUAGCAGGCGCCAAAUACACAGGCUAUCUGUGUCGCAGCAAUACAGUUCUCAUCUGCAAAGAGCCUAGUGGCUUGAAGUAUGAGAAGGCUAAAGAGUGGAGAAUACCAUGUGUAAAUGCACAAUGGCUCUGUGACAUACUGCUAGGAAAUUUUGAAGCUUUACGGCAGAUACAGCACAGUCGGUAUACAGUAUUCAGUCUUCAAGAUCCACUUUCUCCUAGUCAACAUCUAGUUCUAAACCUUUUGGAUGCUUGGAGAGUCCCACUAAAGGUAUCACCAGAACUUCUAAUGGGUGUGAGGUUGCCUUUGAAACCAAAGCAAAAUGAAUCCAGUCUUCAACCAUCUUCCAAAAGAGCAAGGAUUGAAGACCUACCACCACCUACUAAAAAACUCACCCCAGAAUUGACACCAAUGGUGCUCUUCACAGGAUUUGAACCUAUGCAAGUUCAACAGUACAUUAAGAAACUGUAUAUCCUUGGAGGUGAAGUAGCAGAAUCUGCCCAGAAGUGCACCCAUCUAAUUGCCAGUAAGGUGACCCGAACUGUCAAGUUCCUGACAGCAAUUUCUGUAGUCAAGCACAUAGUAACUCCAGAGUGGUUGGAAGAGUGUUUCAAAUGCCAGAAGUUUGUUGAUGAGCAGAACUUUGUGCUCAGAGAUGCUGAAGCUGAGGUGCUGUUCUGCUUUAGUUUAGAGGAGUCUCUAAAGAGAGCACAAGUAGCUCCACUGUUCAAGGGAAAAUAUUUUUACAUUACACCUGGAAUCUGUCCCAGUCUCUCCACCAUGAAAGCUAUUGUGGAAUGCGCAGGAGGAAAAGUAUUAUCUAAACAACCUUUUUUUCGAAAACUCAUGGAGCAUAAGCAGAAUAAAAGUUUGCCGGAGAUAAUCUUGAUUUCCUGUGAAAAUGACCUUCAUUUAUGUCGAGAAUAUUUCGCAAGAGGCAUAGAUGUCCACAAUGCUGAGUUUGUCCUGACUGGGGUACUCACUCAAACACUGGAUUAUGAAUCAUAUAAAUUUACUUGAUGGAUAGUAAAAUGCCUUACUGCUUCGGAAUCCUUGGAGCAUUAAAUCUAGCUGUUCAGCCAUUGUACAAAGCAACUAAAACUUCCUGUGGAUGCUGUUUCCAGCUGUUUUCCUAGGGAUGAUGAGCAGUUUAAAGCAGGAAAGCAAAAAUAAACUGCAUCUUUUUUAGGAUGUGUAAUUUUAUUAUGCUGAAACAUAAUUUACUAUGUUUUGUAUUAUACUGCCAUUUUAAAAGAGCCCACUUUAGCUAUCAUGAUUAGCCCGUUUUUAAACAUUUUAACGUAAAUGAUGGUACUUCAGCCAAAAGUGUAAUUUGGAUGUAAAAAUAAAAGGGCUUGCUAUCUAUUAAAUUAUGGGUGUUGAAGAUAAAAAUGUUUUGUACUUUAUUUUUAUUUCUUAUACUCUAUUUUCUUUUAUAUUGAUAUUUUGCCCACAUUUUAAAUAAAUGUACUUUUAAAUGUUUUA